CGCGGCGUGCUCGAGGUCUCCCACUGCGACGUUUCCUCCUCCUCGGGAUUGUGCGUUGAAGUGACCGACACGGCGUCGCCCCGCCUGCGUCGCUCUCGCAUCCACUCGGGCGCGGCGGCGGGUUGCUGGUUCCGCGCCGCCGCCGGGGGUCUGAUCGAGGGGAGCGAGAUCUGGGGCAACGGGUGGUCAGGCGUACAAAUCUCCGGCGGCUCCAACCCGACGCUGCUGCGCAACUACAUCCACGACAACAAGUCGGCCGGGCUCAUCUCGUUCAACCACGGACGCGGGGUGGUGCGCCACAACGACAUCACCUCCAACGGCAAGGGGGGCGUCCAGGUGCGCUCGCGGGCGUGCCCCGAGCUGCGCGGCAACCGCAUCUUUUCAGAGCGCUCGUUUGGCGUAUGGGUCUACGAGCAGGGGCUCGGCCACUUUGAGGACAAUGACAUAAUCAACAACGCCUGGUCAGGGCUGCAGGUCGAGGAGGGGUCCGAGCCACGCGUGGUUGGCAACCGGCUGCGCGGCAACCGCUCGGCCGGCAUCGUCGUCUACAACCGCGGCGCGGGCGUCUUUGAGGGCAACGAUAUCUCCGCCAACGGCCGCUGCGGUGUGCAGAUCAAGUCGGGCUCGGCGCCCCUCUUUCGACGCAACCGCAUCCACUCGGAGAAGCAGGCCGGCGUGUUGACCGCGGAGGACGGCACAGGCGUGCUCGAGGAGAACGACAUCUUUGGCAAUGGCUGGUCUGGUGUGCAGACCGAGGGCCCCUCCAACCCGCACUUGCGGCGCAACCGGAUCCACCACAACGGCGGCGCCGGCUUCAUCGCCUACCAGAGCGGCGCGGGGCUGCUGGAGGGCAACAACAUCUACGCAAACAAAAAGUACGGCGUGCAGAGCAAGACGGGUGGCGCACCGACCGUGCGCGAAAACACGAUCCACGAUGACGCGUACGGCAUCUACCUCACGGAGAGCGGCAGCGGCGUCUACGAGGCGAACCGCCUCUCUGGCGCCUGCGGCGGGGCAGGCAACAUCUACGUGGCUCCAGAUUGCUCGCCCCACGUCGCCAACAAUGUGGGGCUGAGGGUGCCGCACGACUAG